AUGUCAACUGAAUAUCAUGCAUUAAUUAGAAUCAGGAAAUGGGAUUUGGUCCCAAGACAGCCACAUAUGAAUGUUAUCCGAAGCAUGUGGUUGUCCAAACACAAAUUUAAGUCCGAUGGCAGUCUCGAGCGGUAUAAAGCUCGUCUUGUGUGUAACGGAAGAUUACAACAGGUUGGCGUGGAUUGUGGUGAGACUUUUAGCCCGGUUGUGAAACCGGCAACGAUCAGGACAGUGUUAUCUAUUGCCAUCUCGAAGGGUUGGGACGUCCAUCAACUAGACGUCACUAACUCCUUCUUACACGACAACCUUAAUGAGACGGUUUACAUGUAUCAACCGAUGGGCUUUCGCGACAAAGACUAUCCCGACUAUGUUUGUUCAUUGAAAAAGUCGCUCUACGGAUUGAAACAGGCACCACGGGCUUGGUACCAAAGGUUUACUGACUAUGUCCUCACAUUGGGUUUUCAUCACAGCAAAUGCGAUGCAUCUCUCUUCACUCUUCAUCAGUGGCAUAAUACGGCUUUUCUACUCUUAUACGUCGAUGACAUUCUUCUUGUCACAUCGUCAGCGGCUCUCCGACAUCAACUUGUGGCCAAACUUGCUAGUGAAUUCGCUAUGAAGGACCUUGGUCCCCUCAGUUACUUCCUUGGUAUUUCGGUCAUUCGCACGAAAUCGAGUUUGUUCCUAUCACAACAAUCAUAUGCCACAGACAUCAUUACUCGUGCGGGCAUGCAAUCUUGCAACCCAGUUGCCACUCCGGUUGAUACGAAUGCUAAGCUUAGUGCUUCCGGUGACAUGUUCCAUGACCCCACUUUAUACCAAAGUUUAGCUGGGGCACUGCAAUAUCUGACCUUCACUCGUCCAGACAUUACAGAUGCUGUUCAGCAAGUGUGCAUGCACAUGCACUCCCCCAUGCAAUCUCAUUGGAAUGCCUUGAAGCGAAUUAUCCGAUACAUUAAAGGCACGUCUUCGUUCAGAAUCACAUUGAGUCCUUUUUCUUCUCCAUCUCUCACUGCGUAUACAGAUGCUGACUGGGCAGGUUGCCCCGAUAUGAGACGAUCUACUAGCGGCUACUGCAUAUACUACGCUGAUAAUCUGAUCUCCUGGUCUUCCAAGCGCCAAACUACCGUCUCUAGAUCCAGUGCAGAAGCCGAAUAUAGAGCUGUUGCCAAUGUUGUUACUGAAAUCUGCUGGAUUCGUAACCUGCUCCUCGAGUUACAUCAGCCGUUAUCCUGUAAUUAUUGA